CAACAAACAUCGCACACUCCUGUCGGCCGCGCUCAGAGCGUUAUAUCUCGCCCACAACUCUACCAAACUUAACAACAUCCGAGUCAACCUGCGAAUAUCCCGGUAUAGUAUACACCACCUGGAUCGCGCUUGCUUCUCGCAAUGGCGCCUUCCCUCCGAGCCCGCUCUACUCGAGCAUCUGCUGCAAACGUGCAAACUCAACCAUCUACUCCAGCCCCUGCCACCGUCGCAGGCACGAAACGUCGCGCCGGUAGCCGCAAACCUGACGAUCAGCCAGCUCCGGCCACGCCAGCUAUCAACAACAAUAAGAGGAGGCGUCUCAGGAGCACCAAGCCUGACCAGGCGAGUCCGCUUCAGUCUGGCGUCGUUACUACGACGCGCAAGAAGACCGCGCCCAAGGGCAAGGCCCCCAAGACUAUCAAGAAGAAGACUAUUGCCGAGGAACCAGACGAGGUUGCUUCUGUGACCAGCGCGGAGACUGCCAACAAUGGCGAUGCUCAGUCGGAUCCAGGUGCUGGCAUCUUCUUCAAGAAGCAUAGAAAACUCCAGGAAAACUACGAUAACCUCAGGAAGGACCCCAUUUACCGUGAGCGUCGUCCAGAAGGUCUGCUAGUGGGUAGCGAUGCAGCUAUCAAGCUGUGGGAUCAAGUCGAGAGGCGUGCUCAAGGCAAGUCUCCCAUUCGAUCUAACGACACCAACUCUAGCAUCAUCAUCAAUCUUGAAUCUGGCAACGAUACUGGUGCUCCCGAGGAUUCUGGCACUGUCGACAACGCUGAUCAGGGCGACGUUACAAUGCAAGAUGAAGAAUCGGACCACCCAGCCUCGUCGUCAUCAGCAACAGCCCCCACACCGAGUCUCUUCGGUCGAGUUAAGAGCUUGUUGGGUUCUAGGUUCCUCUCUCAGUCUACCAUCAAAGAUGCUCUCACACCUGUCCCCACCCCAGUUGGCGAGCAACGUCCCAGCCAUAAGAAGCCACCCAAGAAGAGCAACCGCGCACGCAUUAUCCAGAAGGUUGUCGACAGCGUGGAUGAUGGAGAGAAGCCGUUGGCAAAACAAUGGGCUGAGUCUGUCUUGCAAGAUAUCACCGAGGAUGAUGCGCUCAAGCGGAAACGCAAACAAAUUGAGUUCGGCGUUAAAGUCGGCCACCUUGAACACUUACAGGGCACUAAGCCUUGGAACAAAGGCAGCUUUGGUCUUGAUGACGAUAUUGCCGAUCUUGAAGACAACGAAUAUGCCCCAGCCUGGGCCAUCCUCUCCGACCAACUCCAGGUUGAUGAAGAGGAGCGCAAUCCGAACAAGAAGCUCAAAACCAAACAUCUCCCUACCAUCAAAGACGACAUGUCCCCUUCCCUCCCUGAGGGUCACAACUCUGGAAGCCCCCCUGGAUCCGCCAUUUUCAACAGCGGAGGCCAGACUGCAUCUCUCCAAGACUUACGACCUCGUCGUGCUAUCGCACCGAACCCUUUGUUCACCAACUUCAUGACGGUCUCCCCCCGUCAUCCCGUCAAUGUGUUCGGCAGUAAUAACGUUUCCUCUGUGCAGGCACGUGCCCCUACGCAGACAUCUCAUCAACAUGAAAGCUAUAUGCAUCGUUACUACGAUCCCAGCACUAUUACUUUUAAUAAUGAAUCCUCGGAGGAAGAGGAAACAGGCGAUCACGCGAGUGCAUCUACAGCGGCUUCUCUAUGGACUCAACAACCACCACCUGCUCCCGUUCCAUCCCAUGCAUCUCUCCCUACCCCAAUCAACGAAGAUCAAGCUGCACCAUCCACUCCUACUGCCUCGAACGUGCAUGCUACCUCGAAUGCUCCGAUUUCCUCAGGUGCGAACGAUCAAGCUGCUAUGAAAGCUCAAGCCACCGCGAGUGCUCAAGCUGCAUUGAAGGCUUCGCGGGCCGCGAAAGCUCGUGCUUCUGCCAACGCACAGGCUGCUGCUCAAGCUCAGGCCGCUGCUCAAGCCCAAUCUGCGGCUGAGACACCGGUUGCCCAGAAUAGCCAAGCUGCAUCGAAUGCUCCAACUGCGUCGAAUGGCGAGACCACCUCCAGCGAGUCCAACCGCGAUCCACUGGAGCAGCAGCGGGCUAGAGCUAUGAAGCAUACACCCGGCAAACCAAGCCGUCUCCGAACAAUUUCUGUUCCCUCCCCCAGCGUGAACGGCGACUCUCCCGCCCCUGGCCACACCAACGGCGACGACGGUGUUACCAUCACGGCCGCUAUGUCUCCUGAAGACUGGUCUGAUGUGGACAUGGAGCUCUACGACUUCCCUCUUGAGGUUGAGAACUCUGUCGCUCAAUACCUUGAGACCGCCUCCACAGAGACGCAGAAAGUCCAGUGGGAAGAGCCGAUCGUGGUAUAUGAUGAGGACGACGAUAGCUUCUAG